UAUUUUCUCUUGAAACGAAAGUAUUUAAAUGAAAGUUCGUUGCAAAUGUCAUUGGUUAACCAAUUUUGCGAAUAAUUCUACCAUUUUUGGUACAAAUGAACGGAUUUGUUUUAUCCGAGCGUAACGGAUUUUCUUUUCCUUAGUAUAUGUGUUCCGGGUUCACGUAUGUACUCGUGUGCUCAUAUUUACCGAACACCCGACCAAACUUUACCCGGGUAUCGUAUUGGAUAUAUGCAGGUACACCAGUGCGUAAGUUUUUAUCUGCAUACAUAUAUAGACAUAUUUAACCCCGAAUCUCAUAGAAUUCUCCAACAGCCUGCUGACCACACGCAGAAACCCAAAUAUUAUACGUAUUCGAACCAAAUUUUAUCUGGGAGAAAAAUUUAAUUUUAGGAAACAAUGGCUUUUGCCAGUAUUGGAGGACACGUGGUCGCCAGUAAAACCAUGGGUAGAAAAAAUUGUGUCGGCAGUUCGUCCCAAGUUGACAGGAAAUACAUGAAUUUACGCAUCGAUCUGCCAUAUGGACGAGGACAGAAUGAAUUUUGUGGAAAGUUAAAAAUUACUCAGAAACUUGGGUGGAACGUCCAGAAAAUUGAAGACACGGAGGAGUGGAAAUAUUACGCCCUCGUGGUUGAACUUCAAGCACUCGUGAAAACCACCAACGCACGUGGGGAACGGUGUCACACCCUUUUACGAGAAAUUACCCCGGAAGCAAAUUCCAAAUUUAUAUGCAACUCAAAAAUAUUUGCAGUGGUGUCUGGAGAGGAAAAUGGAAUACGGAAAGGCUUCAAUUUGACUCAACUUCGUCCAUCAAUCCUGCUCCGAAAUCCGGUCUCGUUUCCGUUCAAAAUCCAACUUCCACAAAAUCCACUCCCAGCCACCUUAACAUCUCGAGCCAUCUCCAUUGACUACUUCCUUGUCGCAUAUCGUCGCACGGACAAUGGCUAUGAACCCCUUCUCAACGAGAAUUGCCAAAAUAUCGAGGCCAUAACUUAAUCUCGUUUGAAAACGAAUCUGAAAAAAUUAAUUGGACCAUGACCACCAAAGAAAUCAACGCAACUUUCACCUCCCCACAAAAAUUUUACAAACUUUACCAAAAACAAGGGCUCAAUUUCAAGCUGACUGUAACCCUUGGAAAAAAUUACGGAUCCGAAAUCUCCGCCGAAUUUAUCAUUUUACUCGUCGAAAAGAUUUCGCAAGAUGGCGUAACACUUUUCCAGGAAACUGAACUGGAUUCAAAAUCUGAGACUAAAAGAAACCCAAGUCUCACAUUUUCUGGCAGCUUGCUCGAUCCGAAGAAUAGGACGGAUAAUAAAACGCUUAUUCGUGCCUCGUUUAAUCCGGGUGGGGAUGCAGGACUAAAAAUCCAGCAUUAUUUAAGGUUUAAGGUUAUCUUCCCGGAGGAAUUUGCUAACUCGUUGAAAAAUAUAGAAGGAGAAGAGGAAAUCUUUAUCGGAACGGGGAGAAUUUUGGGGGAGGAGGGAUCCAGAUUUUUUUCCAGGAUGAGGUCACAAUCCAUGUCAUCUCUCCUGUCGCUUUUUCCACCAUCAUAUUCCCGAACGCAGAGUCGGAGAGGAUCGUUAAUGUCACUGGAAACUUUGCCUCCACAUUAUGACGAGUUAUGUAGUGGAGUUGGAGCAUGUGAAUUAAGGGACGAAGAUAACGAACAGGUUGUAAAUAAAUUCUAACGGGGCCGAUUAUCGAAAAUUAUACAUGUGAAAAAGUCGCUAUUUCGAUUAUUAACUUCAGGAAUUUAUAAAGAAAUAUUUAUCAAUAUUUUACCAUAAUGUUGACCGUAAAGAUGUCCAUUGUCUUUCUAUUGGAAAUAUUUAACUUACAAAAAAAUCGUCGUAAUUGAGAAAGGAUUAAAAUAAGUAAGACUAAGGUUUAUUAAAUAAAUGUAAAUUUACUUGUUUUUAUAUCAAUCAAAUAAUUUCAUAUUAAGUUCUAAUGGCAGUAAUACAAAGAUGAUAAAUGAUUCCGAUGGUUUGUUUGCAGCGUCAUAUUGGUGAGUUGUCUCGAACCUUGUCAUUAUUAUCACUGGCGACAUGAAGUCGAAGAUUGUACAUAAGCAUAUGCAUUAAAAUUUGUGCAACUUGAUCCCGAAUAAUUGGUGGAGGUAUAUAGAUAAUCGGCCUAUAUGUACAUCCAUAUGAAUAUCUAUUAGUCACGACAAAUUUAGCAUUUAUCUGAUUUUAGAAUCUCAGCGUAUAUUUUACCGAUUUAGUAAUCCAUUUGUUGAAGAAGGCUUUUGUUUGCAAAUUUAUUCUGUAAAUGGUGAUUUUUUUUACAUCGCGAUGCAAAUAUAAAAUUUGAAGUGAGCACUACUAAUGACUAAUGCAUACGAAACUAGGUAGGUAUAUAUGUGCAUACGUAUGUACAUAUGUACACAGAUAUGCGAG